AUGGCCCAAGAACAUCUACUCCCUCCGCCGUCGCCUCUUCCCCAAUUCCGCCGCACUCCGACCUUUCGCAAUACAAAGACUUUCUGGAUCCCGCUCAUCACAAUCACCGUCUUUCUGUCCGUCUUCUUCACUCCUCUCCCGCGUACGUACGACGAACAUCGCGAUGCCGUCAUCCAGACCAUCACAGACACGGCCAAGGAUGUCUUGCCUCCGUCACUGUCGCACGACAACUGGCAUCCUACCGAACUCGACCAGGUGAAAUCCAAAUACGCCUUUGCGACCUUCCUCGCUGGAGAAGCCAAUCAAGAAGAGAAUUGGGAACAAGACCACUACUUCAUUGCUACACGCCUCCUCGCAUAUCAACUGUUACACGCACCAGAGACCUCAUCCCGCGACGGAUCCAUCCCCUUUGUUGUCUUGGUCACUGAGAAUGUGUCGGAAGCAAAAAGACAGAGAUUGCGCAAGGAUGGUGCGGUCGUUGUUCUGGCAGACUUUAUCAAGGCCGACUGGGUCAAGACCGAAACAAGCACGUGGCAGGACGUCAUGACCAAGCUGCGCUUGUGGGAGUUGACUCAGUUCGAGCGCAUCUGUUUCCUCGACGGCGAUACUGUUCUGGUCGAGCCUCUUGACGGCAUCUUUGCCGAUCCGGCCGUUGAGACUCGCGGCACCUUGACCCAACCCGCUGCUAUAAAGUCGGACGAAGGAGUUUUGCCUCUCGAGUACAACUUUGCUGGCGUGCCUGAGAUGAACCGUGACCAUGGUUAUCCUCCUACCGAUGAGCACCACGACUUCCCCAACAUCGCUUACCUCAACGCUGGUUUCUUCGUUUUCAAGCCUUCGAGCGAAGUCUUCGACUACUACAUGUCACUGCUCAAGCUAGACGGCCGCUUCGAUCCUCAAUUCCCAGAGCAAAACCUGCUGAACUAUGCACACCGCAAGAAUGGCAACAUGCCUUGGACUCAGCUUGGCAAUGAAUGGAACAUUCACUAUCCCAAGGUUGAUGACCUUCUUGGCGGAGUUAAGAGUCUGCACGAAAAGUGGUGGUCGCCCGAGGUCACGGACCUCAAGCCCUAUAUGGAGAGUUGGCGCUGGAGAAUGGAAGGCUAUUUCGAGGCCAGAGAUCAGAUGCUCACAAAGGACUACGAAAAACAUGGUCUCAAGCAAGAGUCAUGA